CGCUCUGCGCUCGGUCCCCUCCCCGUCACUCCCUCCUCCCCGGGGCGCGCCAGUCAGCGGCUCUUUGGACGCAGCAGGCACGGAGCCCAGAUCUUGGGUCCCGGGUCUGCCAUUUUCAUUAAUAACUGCCACUUAGAGGACCAAAGUAAAGGAUAUUUGCUAUAUUUAAUAUUUUCCAGUUCAGGUUGGAGGCACAGAUGGCAGCAAGAAUGGGUUUAGAAGAACACGUGAUGUUUUUAGAGAAAAUGUCACAGCUAAUUUUAAGUGAAAUGCCAGAAGCAGAAUAUUCCAGUAUAUUCAAUGAUUUUGUUGAAUCUGAAUUUUUUCUUAUUGAUGGAGAUUCAUUACUCACCACAUGCAUAUGUGAGAAAUCACUAAAGCGGGGGCAGGAGCUCCACUUCUUCUACCUGGUUGAAUGCUAUCUUGUGGAUAUUAUUAGUAAAGGAGGACAAUUUGCCGUAGUUUUCUUCAAGGAUGCUGAGUAUGCAUAUUUCAACUUCCCUGAACUUCUUCCUUUGAGAACUGCUUUAAUUCUUCAUCUUCAGCGUAACACCACCAUUGAUGUUCGAACAACAUUUUCUGGAUGCUUAUCACAGGAGUGGAAAACUUUCUUGGAAGAGAGUUAUCCAUAUUUUCUAAUAGUUGCAGAUGAAGGCCUGAACCAUCUACAAACACACCUUUUCAACUUUUUAAUCAUUCAAUCUUGGGCAAUGAAGAUCAAUGCUGUGCUUUCCUCAGGGCAAGCAUCUGAUAUUCUUCGACUUUAUGCAUACUUUAUGCCAACCAAGUACAGGAACCAAAUGUUUUUCAAGCAGAAUAAAGAGAGGGUUGAGAAUGCUUAUAAAGCCCUGAUUACACAACUGGAAAAAUGUAGAGUUUUGGCAUUAGAAUCUCUUUUUGGAAAUUUAAAAUGGAUGCAUAUGAUGGAAGAGGCAUGUGAAACUAUUUCUCUGCUUAAGCAACUUUGGCCAGAAGGAUCUGAUAUUCGGCGUGUUCUUUGUGUUACUUCAUGCUCAUUGUCUUUGAGAAUGUACCGUCACUUUUUAGAAAACAGAAAGAAGACUACCUCUGGUCAGAAAACUAACAUCCAACAGGUGAAAAGUAAUUGCUUAACCCUGCAAGAGAUGGAGGAUUUGUGUAGACUGCAUUGUCUCAGUGUGGUUUUUCUACUCCACUUAUCUCUUUCUCAAAGAGCUUGUACUAGAUUCAUCACUUCCCACUGGAUUAACGACAUUCAGACUUGCUUAAAAAUGAAAAAGUGGUGUGACUAUUUCAUUCUAAGUAAUAUAAACAUUUUUGAAUUUUGGAAUCUGAAUUUAAUUCACCUUUCUGACUUAAGUGAUGAGAAUUUGUUGAAGAAUAUUGCUUUUUACUUUGAAAAUGAAAAUAUUCAAGGCCUACAUUUGAAUUUGGGAAAUGUCAUUAUGAAGGAUUAUGAACAUCUCUGGAAUACUGUAUCGAAGUUAGUCAGAGAGUUUGAUGUUGGAAAGCCAUUUCCUGUGAGAGCAACAAAAUUUCCUUUUCUUAAAAAGAGUCCAUCACCAAUCAAAGACACCUCCAAGGAAAAGAUGCCUAAUUUGGGUUUUAUUCCAAUGUCCUGUGAGGUGGUUGAUAAGUUUGCUGGAGACAUUUUGAAAGAUUUGCCUUUCCUAAAGAGCAAUGAUCCUAUUGUGACUUCACUGGUUAAACAAAAGGAAUUUGAUGAACUUGUGCAUUGGCAUUCUCACAGACCCCUUAGUGAUGAUUAUGACAGGACAAAGUGUCAAUUUGAUGAAAAAUCUAGAGAUCCUUAUUAUCUUAAAUCUGUGCAAAAGUAUCACGUUUUUCAGCGAUUUUAUGGGAAUUCAUUAGAAUUAGUUUCUUCAAAAGUCAUUGUGAUGCAAGCUACCAAGCCAAAGAAGAAUUUCGGUGAACCCAAGAGCAAAAAGACACGUGAGACCAAGGCUGAAAUAAUUACUAGAGAGAAUAAGAAGAGGUUACUGGCCAAGGAAGAGCAAAAAGAAGAACAAAAGUGGAAUGCUAUGUCAUUGUCUGUUGAGGAGGAAGUGAAAGAGAAUUUAACCUCUGGAAUAAAGAAACUGGAAGAUUUUUUGAAAUCAUGUAAAAGUAACUCAGUGAAAUUUCAAAUUGAAAUGGUAGGGUUAAAUGCCUGCUUGAAAGCGUGGAAGGAACAUUGCCAAGGUGAAACCACAAAAGAUUUAAGUAUAGCUGUUCAAGUGAUGAAAAGGAUCCACUCCUUGAUAGACAACUACCCAGAACUUUUGCAAGAGGCAGAUCAGCAAUUCAUAGCCAGAUGUCUGAAGUAUUUAGGAUUUGAUGAGUUGUCAAGUUCUUUAUAUCCAACCCAGGUUGCAGGAGAUGACAUAAAGAAGAAGAAAAAGAAUAAAUAUUCAGUUGGCAUUGGGCCAGUUCGGUUUCAACUACAAUACAUGGGCCAUUAUUUGAUACGAAAUGAGAGAAAAGAUCCAGAUCCGAGAGUUCAGCAUUUUGUUCCUGACACAUGGCAGCGAGAGCUCCUGGAUGUUGUGGAUAAUAAUGAGUCAGCGGUGAUCGUUGCCCCAACGUCCUCAGGCAAAACCUAUGCUUCCUACUACUGCAUGGAGAAAGUGCUGAAGGAGAGCAAUGAAGGGGUGGUUGUGUAUGUCGCACCAACGAAGGCCCUUGUUAAUCAAGUGGCAGCAACUGUUUAUAAUCGUUUUACCAAAAAUCUGCCAAAUGGUGAAGCUCUAUGUGGUGUUUUUACAAGGGAUUAUCGUCAUGAUGCCCUAAACUGCCAGGUACUUGUUACAGUGCCUGCCUGCUUUGAAAUUCUGCUGUUAGCUCCUCAUCGCCAACAAUGGGUGAAAAGGAUCAGAUACGUUAUAUUUGAUGAGGUCCAUUGUCUUGGUGGAGAACUUGGAGGAGAAAUCUGGGAGCAUCUCCUCGUCAUGAUCCGAUGCCCCUUUCUGGCUCUUUCGGCUACCAUAAGCAACCCUGAACAUCUCACUGAGUGGCUACAAUCAGUAAAACGGUACUGGAAACAAGCAGACAACAAGAUGGGAAAAAAUAUUGCUUCUAAAAGACAUGCUGGCUCUUGUGCCAAUUCUCACCAUGACUACCGGCAAAUGAAGCAAUCAUAUAAAGUUAGACUUGUGCUCUAUGGAGAGAGAUACAAUGAUUUAGAGAAGCAUGUAUGUUCAAUAAAAGGUGAUGACAUUUGUUUUGAUCAUUUUCACCCAUGUGCUGCACUAACAACAGAUCAUAUUGAAAAGUAUGGAUUCCCUUCUGAUCUUGCUCUCUCACCUCGAGAAACCAUCCAGCUUUAUGACAGUAUGUUUCAAUCCUGGGAAAGUUGGCCCAGGGCCCAGGAGUUGUGUCCAGAGGAAUUCAUUCAUUUUGAGAAUAAAAUAGUCAUUAAAAAGUUGGAUGCUAGAAAAUAUGAAGAGAGCUUAAAGGCAGAAUUAACAAGUUGGGUUAAAAAUGGCAAUGCCAAGGAGGCCAAAAUGGUCCUGAAGAAUCUGAGUCCUGAUUCAGUUUUUAGUUCAGAAAACAUGAUAGAAAUGUUUCCACUUCUCGUUGAAAAGCUGAGGAAAAUGGAGAAGUUACCUGCACUAUUUUUUUUAUUCAAAUUAGGAGCUGUAGAGGGAAGUGCUAAAAGUGCGAGCAAUUUCCUGGAGAAAAAGCAAGAAAGUAAAAGGCCUCCCAAAGCUGAGAAAGAAGCCAAUGUCAUGGCUAACAAACUUCGAAAAGUUAAGAAAUCCAUAGAGAAACAAAAGAUAAUAGAUGAAAAAAGCCAGAAAAAGCCCAGAAAAAUGGAUCAAAGCCUAAUACAUGAAGCUGAACAUAAUAAUCUACUCAAGAUUCUGGAGAAGAACCUGGAAAUCCCUCAGGACUGCACAUAUGCUGAUCAGAAAGCGAUGGACAUUGAGGCUUUGCAGAUGGUGUUUGAUCGAGUAAAAUUCGCAAGAAAAGGUGCAGAACUGAUUGCUUUGGCCAAAAGGGGUAUUGGAUAUCAUCACAGGUCUUUGACCGCCAAAGAAAAACAGUUAGUUGAAAUCCUUUUUAGGAAAGGAUUUAUUAGGGUGGUGACAGCUACUGGGACACUUGCUUUAGGAAUCAACAUGCCUUGUAAAUCUGUUGUUUUUGCUCAAAACUCAAUCUUUCUGGAUGCUUUAAGUUACAGACAGAUGUCUGGACGUGCUGGAAGACGAGGUCAAGACCUGCUGGGAGAUGUCUAUUUCUUUGAUAUUCCAUUGCCCAAAAUAGAAAAACUCAUAAAAUCCAAUGUUCCUGAACUAAGAGGACGGUUCCCUUUUAGCAUAACUCUGGUCCUUCGACUCAUGCUGCUAGCUUCCAAGGGAGAUGACCCAGAGGAUGCCAUGGCAAAGGUGCUGUCAGUGCUAAAGCAUUCAUUGCUGUCCUUCAAACGACCCAGAGCCAUGGAGAUGUUAAAACUUUACUUCUUGUUUUCUUUGCAGUUCUUGGUGAAAGAGGGCUAUUUAAAUCAAAAAGGUAGUCCGACGGGGUUUGCUGGACUUGUAUCACAUUUGCAUUAUCAUGAGCCUUCUAAUCUUGUUUUUGUCAGUUUUCUUGUAAGAGGCCUUUUCCAUAAUCUCUGUCAGCCAACCAGGAAAGGCUCAAAACGUUUUUCUCAAGAUGUUAUGGAAAAGCUAGUGUUGGUAUUGGCAAAUCUGUUUGGAAGAAGAUAUUUUCCAGCAAAGUUCCAAGAUACCGCUGUCAAGUUUUAUCAAUCAAAGGUGUUCCUUGAGGAUCUCCCUGAGGAUUUUAAUGCUGCUUUACAUGAGUAUAACAUGCAAGUUACAAAGGACUUUGCCUCCUUCCUACUAAUUGUUUCCAGAUUGGCUGAUAUGAAACAGGAAUAUCAACUCCCAUUGUCAAAAAUAGAUUUUACAGGUAAGGAAUGUGAAGACUCCCAACUUGUGUCUCACUUGAUGAAUUGCAAGGAAGGAAGAGUAGCUAUUUCUCCAUUUGUUUGUCUCUCUGGGAACUCUGAUGGCGAUUUGCUUCAACCAGCGACUCCCAACCAUGUCAUUCUACGCACAAUGGGUAUUGAUCACACUCAGGCUCCUGUGCUGAGGUCACAGAUGUUUGAUAAUCAAGGAAGAAGAAUGCCACUUAAUGCUUAUGCUCUUGAUUUCUAUAAACAUGGUUCUUUGAUAGGAUUAGUCCAGGACAACAGGAUGAAUGAAGGAGAAGCUUAUGUGUCAUUGAAAGAUUUUGCACUCACCAUUCAAUCUAUCAGUGUUUCCUUGCGUGAACUAUGUGAAAAUGAAGAAGACAACGUGGUCUUAGCAUUUGAACAACUGAGUGACACCUUUUUUAAAAAACUUAAUAAAGUCUAAAAACACAGUCUCUCCAAACCACUUAAAAUACUGCCAUGGGCAUUUUUCAAGUCAUAUUUUGUGGUUCUCAUGCUUUUUGUCAGAAAUGCGUAUACGAUGAAGUGGAAAGAGCAAGCACCUUGGAGUCGGAGUUCUAAUUGAAUCUGCCAUGUUCUCUCGUGUAGCCUUGGAUGAGUUAUUUCAGAUCUCUGAAUCUUGGCUUCUUUCUAUAGUUGGGUAAUAAUGCUGAUUUCUCAGCGAGUUUGCAGAUAUAUUGAGAAAAUGCAAGCAUUUUGUAUGUGACUGAGGACUAAUUUUUACUCUGUGAGGCCUAAACAAAUACUACAUUCUCCACAGUUUUCUCCUCAAUGUCGUAAUUUGUAAAAAGUCUGUUAAGGCUAGAGUAAAUGAUUACAGUAUCCUGAAGUUGAAAAUAUUCUCUGUAAUUAACUUACAUGUAAUUAUGUGACUUAGAUAGAUGGCUGUUAAAAUAGUACCUUCUAGUAAACUUAAACUACUUUUUAAAAAAUAUAAAUGAGAAUUUUGUUAUAAAUUCUGUGAUGCUUUAAAAUAAAACACAGCUGAUGAUUUGGCUUGAUUUUAAUUGUAUAUAAGUGACUAGAAAACACAAAGAAAUAAAAUGGGUUCAAUCUA